AUCCUCAUCAUCCAUGGACCAAGCUCGCCAAGUCAUCUCCACAGCCUCGCUUUCAGGAAGGUCCUAAUCAUCCCAAGAUGCCAUGUCCGGCCGGAACCAUGUCCCCGGCUAUAUCUGUCUGAGUCUCGCUCUCUCCGCCGUCUUCGUCUCCGUCACGUCUCUCGCCAUGUUCUUGUACGGCUAUGUUGCGCCGGCACUGAUGCCUGCUCUGUUCGCCGCCGUGCAGGGCGUUGCUGUAGGUAAUUCGUCCAGUCUUGGUGUGGCGUGGUAUCCGCCGAACAAGACGUGGAUCAAUGACUUGGGGCGGGUUAUGGGUGAUGAAGGGACGAACGGGUUUGUGUUUAGCGGGAGUGAGCUGCCGGAGGGUGUGGAGUAUGGGACGUAUAACUGGUGCAAUAUGCCGCAUGUGCGGAAGGAGGAGUAUCCGGUUGCGAGCGCGGAGUAUGAGUUGCAGUAUGUCGAAGUGAUCCACCGCCACCACAAACGCACCCCCUACGCCGACAACACCUUCCCCGACGACCCAACCCCCUGGUCCUGCACCAACGAAGCCCUCUUCUCCUACGCCCAGCCCCUGAACCCCACUUCAAUCCCCUCCGCACAAACAUACUGGUCCCUCGACAAAUCCCCCAUCAACCCCUUCUCCCCGCGCAGCCCCAACAACAGCACCUGCCAAUUCCCCCAGAUCACCCGCGGCGGCCUCGAGGACUCCUACCAGCACGGCCUCGACCUCUGGGGCGUCUACGGCGACCUGCUCGGCUUCCUCCCUCCUGCUAAUGCUACCGAUGAUGAUGAUGCAGAGAGCAGCAGCAUAUCCGUCCGCGUCACGGCCAACGUAAUUACAUCCCAAGUCGCGGGCAUGCUCACGCGCAGCUUGAUUCCCUCUCUCCAUAACUCCACCAACUCCACCAACUCCACCAACUCCACCAACUCCACCCCCUACCCCCUCCUCCUCGCCCCCUCCGCAACAGACUCCCUCGAACCAACAUACCCCUGCCCCGCCGCAUCAUCCGCAUCCGCGUCCUACGCCAUCGGCAGCGCGCACCCGUCCUGGACACCGCAUCUCGCUGCUUCAGCCUCGCUAUUCGCUGCUCUGGACGCCGUGUCCGGUGUAUCGGCGGAUGACGCCGCGUGGCAUCGCUCCUGGGAUCAUUAUUUUGAUAAUCUCUCGGCGCGGACGUGUCAUGCGCGGGGAUUGCCUUGUCGGGGCGAAGAAAUCUGCACAACCCAAGCCCAAGCAAACACAAUCUUCCGCCUCGCCCAACUCGAAUACUCCUACAUCUACCGCGACGCGCCCGAAAGUCUACACGCCAGCGCCGCCUCGUUCGGGCUCUGGCUUGCUGAGCUGGCGCUGCAUAUCCGGGAGAGUGACGGUGCAAGCCGGCGGCGAAGGACUACUACUAGUAAUCGUCAAGCUGAGGGAGGGAGUAAUGUCAUAUACAGACAUAACGUCGCGCACGACGGCAGUAUAGCCCGUCUUCUGGCGCUGUUGCAGGUCGACGUCAUGGUUUGGCCUGGGAUGGGGAGUGAGGUUGUUUUUGAGGUUUAUGGGCGGCAGGAGGAUGGCACGGACAAGAGAUAUCUGCGCAUCCUCUGGGGCGGGCGGAUCUUCCGCAGCGCGCACCCGGCGCUCGGACGGGUGGAUAUGCUGGACGUGGAUGUGUUUCUGGGGUAUGUGGAUGGGCUUGUGGGG